UUGUACUGUGUUUGCAGAACUCAGACAGUUACCAUGACAGCUGGGUGUGCAGCAAUGAAUUGGAGAUAACUGAGGAUGUCUGGAUGAUGCAGGCAGGCAGCAUUAAGCGUGAAAUGACCUUCACUACAUUUCAACAGGAUGACCUAAAAAGUGACAUCAGUCAAAAAUUACCAGACCAACAGUUUCUCCUGUUGGCCAUGAGGGAGGAAGAUUUAAAAACUGCAGACACCAAAAAAACAAACAGAAUUCAUGAGCAUGAAAAAGAAAACACUCGUUCUGUCUGUCUUCUUGAACAGAAACGCAAGGUUGUUUCUUCAAAUAUUGAUGUGCCUCCAGCAAGAAAAUCUUCAGAAGAACUGGACAUGGAUAAAGUGACAGCAGCUAUGGUACUAACCAGUUUAUCCACCAGCCCUUUGGUUCACAGCCCUCCUGUACGGCCCAAUGAAUCCCUGAAUGGAUCUUGGAAAGAAGGAGGAUUUGUGCCUUCUAGUACCAGCAGUAGUGGAUACUGGAGUUGGAGUGCACCCAGUGAUCAGUCCAAUCCAUCCACCCCAUCUCCGCCUCUGUCUGCUGAUAGCUUCAAACCCUUUCGAAUGCCCUCUCAGCCAGAUGAUAGUAUUGAUGAAGCUGAAACCAGUAAUCUCCUUUUUGAUGAGCCCAUCCCUAGGAAGAGAAAGAACUCCAUGAAGGUAAUGUUCAAAUGUUUAUGGAAAAACUGUGGAAAGGUACUGAGCACAGCUGCAGGGAUUCAGAAACACAUCCGGACCAUUCAUCUUGGACGUGUAGGAGAGUCUGACUACAGUGAUGGAGAGGAAGAUUUUUACUACACAGAGAUCAGGCUCAACACAGACUCGGUAGCGGAUGGCUUAAGCAGCCUUUCUCCAGUCUCUCCAUCUCUAGGAUCUCCUCCUCCUUUUCCCACCCAAGAUGCAAACCGUCCUGAAACUUCAUGUGCCAAAACUGAGACUAAAUUGAUGACGCCUCUGAGCCGCUCAGCUCCUACCAAUCUCUACCUCGUACACACGGAUCAUGCUUACCAGGCCACUCCUCCAGUGAACAUUCCAGGGUCAACAAAGUUCACUCCCAAUGGCCGUAGCUUUAGCGUCUCUUGGCAGUCACCUCCAGUUACCUUCACUGGCAUUCCGGUCUCACCAACUCAUAAUCGUCCUGCAGGGACUGGAGAGCCAAAACAACAGACCCACACAGUUCUCUCAUCACCGCCCAGAGUGUCAUUUGGCUUAAGGAAACCUAGAGGGGAGGGGAAAAAAUGCCGAAAAGUAUAUGGGAUGGAGAACCGAGAUAUGUGGUGUACUGCCUGCCGUUGGAAGAAAGCCUGCCAAAGGUUCGUCGACUGAAGACUGGAAGCGCGGAGGACCCAGGGGAUGGGAAGUACAAUAGCAGGAUCCUGUUGCUGCAGCUGCCCCGGCCUACCCUCCAGUGCUGCCUUUUAAACAGACUUGUAUUCCAAAACAAAGCACUUGUAGCCAAGGAGAAGCACUUAGCAAAACCAGUGUGGAGCAAUAGAGAAAAAAAAAAAAAAGUCUUAUCAAGUAUUGAACCCAGAGCAGCUAUUAAUGUUUUUCUUAAAACAAAAAAUAACUUGUUGCUAACUCUGAACUACUUGCUCCCCAUGACUGUUCUUUAACCGUGUCAAUGUCUAUGCUGUGAACGUCUGUAUCAGUUGAACCAAGCACCGCAUCUUGUCCUGAAAUGAAGAUUUCUUUUUAAAAGCCUAAUUAACAAUUUAAGACAUAUAAGCUACAGUUCACUCAACAGCAGCCAUACCAAGAGUGGAACCUGUUAAAUAAUUCUGCUGAUGUGAAUGAUCUUGGUUGGAUUCCUCAUUUUCGGGUGUUUUUUUGAGGAAUUCAAACCUUGGUAUGUCAGAAGGACAAGCAACAGUACUCCUGGAUGAUUUUUUAAAAGCAGUCACAAACCAGAACAAAGAGUGGAGCUAAGUUUUAAAUUAGAUGGCAAUACUCCAGAGAAGGAAAAAUUAUGGGAAACCACCAGCAGAUCUCAGCCACAAGUCAGUCCAAGAUUUGAGGGAAGGCAUUUCAACGAUGAUUGAAACAUACAGGAAUAUAAUUUGGAUUCCAGUAUCUUUUCUCAUCACCGGUUCCUUUUCCUAGCAAUGACCAUCUUAUGCUGCUGAAGCCCUAUUAAGAACUGGAUGAUAUGUAAUAUCUAUUCAGGGAUAUGAGCCAACCCAGCAGUUCAACUCUUGCUUCCUUUCCUCCUGUGUAUAAGAUGGUUACUAAAUUAAGGGUGCACUCAUUCUUUCCAUUAGCAAUGCCAAAUUUUAUUUGUGCAAAAAAUGUAUAGAAAACAAAAACACCCGAGAAGUGCUCCCACCGCAUCAUCCCAGCAAGUGGAAUACGACAGCAGUGGAGCAACAUAUGUAUAUGUUAAGUAAAGUCCUUUUUUUAUUUAAAAAAAAGUCACUGAGGUCAGAAAUAGCCAAUUUUCAUGCAGAGGGCACUUUGAUGGAUGUGUGUGCUAUGGUGUAUUUAGUGCUUCAGGCUGUUAGAGGGUGUAAAUCCAGAAUGCUGAUGUUUUAUCCCUAGAUAGAUGAGGUUAUUUAAGUGAGAAAAUAAAGUAAAGCGGAAAUGCCAUAUGAAUGAGCACCACCAACUCCUGCCUGUUUCAAAACAAAACAAAACAUAAGCAUAGGCACCUAUCAUAUGAAUAGGGCUAUACAGGCCCACUACCAGCGGGGCUUGUUUUUCAUGGAGUCUGAUAAACUGGAUCACAUAGCUCUCAUGACAGCAUUACUUAACUUGCAUUGCUGCCUAUGCCCAUUUAGAGAACAAAAGCGCACACUUUUGAACAUAGCCUAGAGUGUAGUGUUAAAGCAAAGGCAAUACAAUACAUGUUUGAAUGGAAAGAACAAAAGAAUAGUAAGAGCCUGGUUUUUUAAAACAAAUUAUUUGCUCUGUUGCAUGCCUAAUUUGAGCAUUAUUUCUGCAACUGUGUUUACAAAUCAUGCAAUUUUCAUGCACAAGUGGCUAGUGAAGGUCACUUGCAUGCAUACAGUUACCUGAUUUUUAUGCACAAUUGAGCACCUAACUUGUUUAGAAAAAUCAGACCCUAAAAUCCAGCCCGGAUAAUAAAACAAAACGUGAAAUAAAUUAACACAACAGAAGGUAAAGAUUGGCAGAUAUACGGCGCCAUCUGCACUCUAUUGUUUGCACUUCCUUAUCUUUUGGUGAGGUCACAAGUCAUGGCUUUUCCUUCUGUUAAUUUUUUUUUUUUUCAAAGAUUUCUUUAGGGAAAUCUCUCAACAAUUUGUAACGGUUUCUAGUUACUUCCUUUUAAAUGCUGACAUUGUUGUCAGUGCUUUUACAAUGGUGGGACACAGAAUGUGGAUCUUGCUCCACUGAUAUCCCUCCUUAUUUCUAAAAGCCUCUCAAGAUGCUUAUAAAACAACAAUUAUGACCCCUAUUGGCCUCAUAUUCGUUACUUAUCCCCAUCAUUGUUCCCUUCUCCCUUAUUUACUCUGAUCUCUUGAAUUUUAAAGAGGAUUUUUAAAUAUAUUAUUGUAAUUGGUUUCUAAAAUGUUAUAUAGCAUCAUGAGCACCUUGGCAGGGGGCACUUUAUAAAUGAACAUAUUAAUUAAAUCAUAAAAUUUCCACAACAUGGGCAAAUUCUGGUUGGCCCCAGGAACCAGGCACAGCACUCGUCCCAGCUGUAAUACUGGAGGAAAACGAGUUAGAGAGAGGGCACAAACCUUUUUAAUUGCAUGUAUUCUCAGCUCGCUCUGUUCUGGCCUGUGGAAAGAUCUACUGGGCAUGCUCUGAGGCUUCACAUAAACUUUAGCAAAGCCAUUCCCAUAACAUAAUUCACAUAGCCACUCCCAUACUGCUAACUUUAUAUCAUUUUUAGAUAGGCACACAAAUAGACCACCAAAGCUGUGUUAUUGUCCACCUCUCAGAGUUAUACACAUUUUCAUUCUGUUCUUGAUAAAAGUAAGAUUAUUUACAACAAGCUGCAUGAAUGGGCCACUGCCUGGCCAAAGUGCUUGGCUCAUAUGUCUGUAUGGACUACUUCCCUACAUUGUUUAACCACACCAAGUCACGCUUCCCUGGAGGGUCUGUCAGGUGACCCCUGAUUUUUCAGAGCAGUCAGAAUCUGGUGAUCGGUUUCCAUCAUGCAUUCUCACAGUUGGGCCAUGGGUUCUUUGGUAUGUGUGUACAUACACCACUAGCAGCCAGAACUUGACCCUUAAAAUAUAAAUAUUGAAGGAUAUAUAUAUAUAUAUAUAUAAUUCUUUUAACCACUUAGUAGAAAUGAUGCUGGUCACAGAAGUUGGUACCACAUGAUCCUAUCAAACUUUUAUAUUGACAGAUAUACCACGGGUUCCUAAUUUUUGCUGAAGGGACUUUCCUGCUACAGCAAAACACAUGUAUUUUGGGGGAAAAGCCUGAAAAAAGGAAAUUUCAAGCAAAAGGGGAACAUUUUAGACAAGCAUUUUAUACAUGAUUAGCUUGUCUCUCUAUUCCUGCAUAAAAUGCCAAAUAUGGGAAAUAUAUAAAAUUUAGAUAAGAUUAUUCACUAGCUGUUUCCAUCCAGGUCAAUUGAUCUGAUUCUGCACUGCCUUGCACCUUGUGUUGUCCUUUACAGGUGUGCAAAGUAAGCCAAACUUCCAUUCUGAUUUGCAUAUUUGAAUCUGCUUUUCAUAGGUGUCAACUGCCAUUCAAGUUGGUGCAAACAUGCCCAGUGGGUCUAGCUGUGUGAAUAAGGUGAGCAGGCUUCAUACCUGGUCAGACUCUAGGGCAGGAGAUUUUAUGCAAUUCAGUCACCUAAUUGGGAUAUCUGAAUACUGAUUGUUUAGUGAUCAAUCAGUUCCCUGCUCCCCCUCCAGCUGUUUUGUUAGCAAUAAGCAAUGAUACAGCAAGAAGGCAGAGAUCUUUAUGGAACAUGUAUAUAGGCCAAUGUUACAUGCUGAUACCUCUGUGUUUUCCAGUAUUAGCCUGGCCACCAGCUUGCAUACGUAAGCUCCAGGUGUCACUCCAAACUGGGUCUCCUCCUGAAACCUGAGCCUGUUUCUUUCUCCAGUCCCACUCACUUAUAUAACACCCUCAAGUUUUCCCUGAGAGCGACACCCUACAUAGCAGUAUGGUAUCAUUCUAGCCAUAUCUCCGUUGCCAUGGUCUGGUCAGGGACUAUCUAGAGAGACCUUGCCUGGAGAUCUGGUGAAUUAAAUGUACAGAUGUCACUUUAAUGGACCUGCAGGGAAGCCUUCUCUCUCCCAUAGGUCCAUUAAGAGAGCUGCUCAAGAGCCUGGGAGAAGGAUGUGAAAUUAGGAGUCUCCUGGCCAGUUGGGAAGGCUUAAACAGGUAUGAGGGCUUGUCCCCAUCCUUGAUUGGACUAAACUCCAUAGCAGUCAUCACUAAAAUCAAAUUAUACUGCUCUUUACUAUAACAGUGGUGGUUGGAAAGAGGUUACUAAAAUGACAUCUUGUUUUCUAUUUACACUUCACUGAACUCACCUAGAGGUAGCACUGCUGGAACUGAACUCUGAAGAGACUAAUGGAGUUAAUCCCAGACUACCAGAACUUAUCUUGUACAUAGUUACUGCCAGUUCUAAAAACCAGUUAUAAAACAUUAUUGUAGUGGAGAUUUUGUUGUUGUGGGAUUCCAGAAGGGUUUUAUACCACCUUCAGCAAAAUAACGGAAAACUAGUCAAGUUGACAGUUUAGGUACAGAAGAUAGAUGCUAAAUUUAGCAACUUGUGGCGGCAGGAUCCUUGUGCUUCAAAAACCUGUUUCAGGGUUGCAAAAAGUGGUGUCUUGAAUUGUGGUUGAUAGCAUCUGCUUCCAGUAUUCCCCAUCUGGUACUACAGUGCUGUUUACAUAGACUUAUCAAAUUUCCAUCAUAUACAAGAUACGAGGAUUUUUCUGUGACUUUCAGCAGGACAAUUUCUUUCAUUAUCUGAAAAUCAAGCUUUGUUCUUUCUGCUUCAUACAGUAUAUCAUCUCUAACCAAUCCAGAAAGAUUCUACAGUCAGAAGGUAGCUGGCACUAUUUUUGAUGAUGCACAGGCUGAAGAAGAAUACAGCUCAUUCACCCAUACCCUUGUUUACUCCACAUUGCUGACUGUAGUAAGAACUUGUUUUUGUCAAUAAACUUGUCAGAUAACACAUAAGGGAAUAGACAAAUGCAGUAACAAGCCACAGUUCAAUAGAACUGCUUUUCUAACCUUAACCAAUUUUAAGAAAAAAAAUUCUGAUAAAACCUUUGCAUCCAAAGUUUGAGAUGACUAUUGUAUGUUUCCCUGAGAGAAAUAAAGAAAUAAUUAUAACAUGAAAAAUAAAUUAGCAGUAAAACUAUAAAUGUAGCUUUCCUAUUAUAUGGGACAACUCACAUAAAUCAGGAUUGCAAGAUUUUGUCCGAAUUCUUAAAAUCUAACCCAGUGCUACAAAGGAGCUCCUAAAUUACAUUUGUAAAUUCUCGAUGUUAAUCAUCUUUUCCCUCUACGAAAUGUAAGAAUGUUAUCUUUCAUUUUACACUACUCUACUGUAGAAGAUAGGGAUAUCCCUGAGUUCUGAAUCAGUAUCCAGUCAUGUUAAGGAGGAGUUUUCCUCACCAAUUAGUUAUUUCAAUAGCAAAUAGUAGUGCAGCAUUUGGUAUGUAAUGUUCAGAUAAACAGAAGUUACUAAAAGUGUACAUAGAGAAAUACCUUGAGAAAAACAACAAAAUGAUGUAAAUAAUAUGGAUUUCCUCAGGGAAAAUAAAAGGGCAGUAGAUGCAAAAAAUAGGUCUGUUUGAACCUACAAUUACUAAGAAUUUUAAUAUGUAUUUUAUUUUUCUGGAUAGAAUUAUUUAAUGAAAUAAGGACUAUAUUACCAUUUGAAUUAUUAAAAUUAGAAAUGAGUGCUUAUUUGUGAACAUGACCUUUUCUUGCUAACUCAAAGUAUUUAAGCCUGUGUAUGCUUCAAAUAUUAAAAGGAAAGGGGUUUUAGCUGAUGUAAAGUUAUGGGAACAGAGUUUGAAACAUGACCUGAUACAAUAGGUGGUCUACAUAUUUGUAUAAAGCUUUCUAGAAUGUAAUGUAAACAUGAAGUCUUGUCGCUAUACAAUCACCCAGUUAAACAUGUGUUAUCUAUAACUGGGUUACUGUUCAUUUAAGUGGCUCAGAACAAAAAUGUAUACUUUGUAGCAUGCUGUCCUGCAACUACUAAGUACUCUGGUUUGCAAGGUGCUAAUUUCCUUAUGGUGCACUCGAUAUUUUUAACUAGACUUUUUUCAUAUCUACUAGAGUACAAGUUUGAAAGAAACUCAAGAUCAUGCAUGCAAAUAAGAAAAUGCAUUGUAUUGAAAUACACACAGUUCUCAAACUUCUCCAUUUGUACAUGAAGAAGUGACCCCUUUUUUUUUUUAGUUCCGUUGUAAUUUCUCCUUAUCAGAAUCUCUUUACAGAAUCUAUUAACAUCAUGACCAGGGAUCCAACUGGGCAGACAUACACUCAAGUGAGUAAAAUCAUGCAUGUGCAUAAAUAUCUGAACAUUUUAAUAAAGUUUUUAGCUUUAAGUAAUUCUCAUGCUGACACUGUUAAUGAUAGUGACUGAUCUUUCUCUCGGAGUGUAGGUACAGUAAAUCUGCAAAGCAGGGCACAUUCCAAGUUGACUAGAGGUUGAAGAGAUGUAUUUCAGUAGCAGAAAAGCAUUUAUGCAAAGCACAUGAGAGUCUCACCAAUGGGAUUACGCAUAUGCUUAGAGUCUAAAUUUGUUUGCAUGCUUUGCUGACUCAGGACCAUAGAGACAUCUUAUUCUUAUAGUCUCGUUUUGGAAAUAUAUUGCAAGACAACCUGGCCAUUUGUAAUUUUGUGCUAUUUGUUGUAGAUUCAGAAUACUUUUACACUAAGAAAAGUCUAAUUCAGAGAACUGGCUUUUUAAGACAUUGUUUAGAAUUCCAAAGUUGCCGUGUCACUAUCAAACUCAAAGAAAGCCUGUCAGAACAAACACAUGACACAUACAGGUCACUGAUGACAUACAGUUUGAUCUCUGCAUUGCUUAUGUGCUCAACACACCCAUUGACUUCAAUAGGAAUUCUGGGUGUACAGGAAACAAAUGAUCAGGCCCAUAGUUCUUAAUUUGUCAGUUCACCUAAAAACUUUCAAAAUGCAAAUAUUUUGUAUCAUCAUGAUUGAUGUUGGUUCUGUGUAAGUUUUAUUGUUUCUAAAAGGAUCUCAUAUUUAUACUGGAAAGGAAACAGACAGCAGCCUUCUUUAUACGAUGCAAUACUUGCUUACUAAACAAAGGGCUAAACUAUAGAAACAAGUGCUGCAAAGCAUGCUCUUUAAAGCUAACUUACCAUCAAUAACAAUAGGUUAGUACAGGCAAAACUUCAGAGCUGUAACAAUGCUGGCAUUAUUUUAUAUCAAUUUACUAAAAACUGUGAAACAAAACUCAGAUUCCAUGAAUGAACCAAAAGGGUUGUUGCUUUAUACACCAACAGCGCACAACUGUAACAGAGCAGAAGAAAUAAUCCAGAACACCUGGGAGGAAGUUAGAAAUAGCGACUUUCAAGUCUUUCUGAAAGGAAAAAUGUUGCCCUUGGUAGCAUAGAGAUAAUUUAGUCUGAAAUUGACAUCUCAAUGUCAUGAAGACAAGCCUACUUCAUGGACAUGAAUUCCAUGUUCUGAAAAGAGAUUUUGCUUGGUCUCUUGGGGUUUUUACUAUAUUUAUAGUCUCAGUUGUAAAGUUCUUAAAAUUGUCAACUAUUUAGCUUGAAGAUGUAAUACAUUUUGACAAUGAUUUCUGAAAUAAUUUCUGAAACACUGUCAUACCAGUUUGAGCCUGAUCCUACAAGGCGAUCUGCUCAGACUCCAGUGGGACCCUGUGCUAGAAAGGUCCUCACAGAAAGACCAUUUGCAAGAGCAUUGUUCACAGGUAGAAAAAGACUUUUCAUAGCUGGGGCAAUCAAAAGGCAAGCCUUACAGAUGUUCUGGUAUGUCAUACACAACUUUCACUAAGUUUAUUAAAGGGGCUUUGUCAUGUGGGUUAGGACCCACAAUUCAGAGAUUGUGGGGGGCAUUUAAACCAAACAGAAACUGUUUUAGAAUUUUAAAUGGCAGUUUAAAUUAUUUGUUUUAAUUAGAUUUAUGAAUCCCCUGCAGAGCUAGCAACUCAUACAUUGCAGCACCGCGUGCUGGAACGUCAAACUGAUUCCGUAUUUCACCUUUUUAAAAUAAUUUAAUAUAUUAAAGUAAAAAAUUGAACUUUUAAAAUCUAAUUUUACUGAUUUAAUAAUCCGAGGUAGCAGUUCCGGAGGAAAUGUUAAUUGUUUAAAAAAAGAACAGCUCUGGAGCCAGAUGCUGGGCGCUGCUCUUGCAGUGCAGAGCAACCCUAAAGCCAGUGGAUCCGGAUCCUGUGAAUUCUCUCUGGCUGGGGAAUCUUUGAGGGCCAUAGAGCCACCCUAGCAGUUCCUAUGCCAAACCCCUUCCUCCCUUCCCCCCAUCUGCUUCCCAGUAUAAAAGAGAUGCAGCCAAGGGAAGGAUGUCAUGGCCAGGUAUUCCUACACCCCCCAUCAAACCCUGGCUGACAGAAUCCCUCACAUACGUAGCGCCACUGGCGUCAGAGACUGUCUGCAUGAGUUCAAUGAGCAGGAGUUGCACCAAAAUUUUGUGCUUUUUGUUGAGGACCAAAAACAAAUGUACCUGAAAAUGUCUGGCCUGAAAACUAAUGAAAUCCAACCAGGCUGGAGAAGUGUUCUCCCUGCCUAAAGACUGCCACUUUACCAAAAACUGUGCCAGCCUUUAUCUUGGAUGGUAUUAUAGCCUUCACAAGCUCCUGCCAGACAAAAACCCUAUGAUGGCCUCAACCAUCCGAUAUUGCCUAGUGAGUCCAAAUGAUAUUAGUGGUGCUGCUAACAACAUACAAUCACCUAUCCACUUACCAAAUAGUAUUCUUCCAGCUUUUCCCGGUUAUGCCAAAAACCAUUCAACUACUGAAGUAAUUCGUGGGAAACCCCUGUCUUCCCAUGCUGAAAAUAUUCCUUAAGGAAGUGUGGUACCACCAUAGGCAUGUGAGCAUAUUUUAUUAUCAAGCCACAUCUAACCUCCACUUAAAAGUGCUGGGGAAUUGUCAUUUUGUCUGUUUCAAAGUCUCUCUGCUCCCUCAACAAAGCUCUGGGCUUGGCACUAUUAAUUGAUCCAGGAGUCCCAGUGAGCAGCUUCAUCCAAAGUCAGUGGCAACAUCACUCCAAGAGAAAGGAGAAUUCAGGGUGGACAAAGUAACAGCCUCAAAUAAUCAAGUGCAGAUUCCUCAUGUGGAUGUGUAGGAGAAUAGCCCUUGUCUUUCUGAGAUUCCAGCAUAGAGAUUGCUCAGUGUGGGAUAUCAUGCAGUCAUGUAUCACAUUUCCUUAGCAGCAAGAAAGACAAAUUCUCCCAUCCUCCAAUUAAUAUAUUUGCCUCACUCUGAGAAUCCCAGAGUUAACUGAAGAUUAAGACAAGCAGCAGUCUCUUAAACAGGAUGUUUCCUUGCUUCACAUUUAAAGAAACAGGAUUAUCUUGGCUUUCUUCUAGGAGAAAGUUAAUGGGCAGACUCAGUUACAUAGGUACUAUUUGAGAGAGGUUUGAGCCAAGAAGUUAAGAUCUUAAUCCAAAUAUCCUCAGAACUGGAGCAUGGUAGGAUUUAAGUGUUUGUUUGGGCCUCUCUCUACUUAUUAUUGCACAAGAGCUGUGACCAAUGCCGUGGAGAGGGUACAGUACAGGGGUUCUCAACCUUUUUCUUUCUGAGCCCUCCACCCCCACCCACACAUGCUAUAAAAACUCCAUACCUCACCUGUGCCACAACAACUGUUUUUCAGCACAUAAAAGCCAGGGCCAUUGUUGGUUAGCAAGCAGGGCAAGUGGGGCCCCCAUGAAGCUAAGUUGCUCAGGCUUCGGGUGGCAGGGUUCAGGGCCCUGGGCUUCAAUCCUGCGCAACAGGGCUUUGGCUUUCUGCCCUGGGCCCCAGUGAGUCUAAGCCCAGUCCUGCUUGGCGGACCCCCUGAAACCUGCUUGUGGCCCCCCAGGAGGCACCAGACCCCUGGUUGAGAACUGCUGGUAUAGCAGACCUUAUGUACUUUGUACCUUACAGUAUGCAGCAUGACAAUCUAGUUUGGUUACAUCUGGAUAACACUUCUCUAUCCAGAUACUUGUGGCCUCCUCACUGUAAACGGAGUACAGGUUCUUUUCUCCUGCCAAAAUAUUGUACUAUUCUCAAAUUGCUUGUAAAUAGAAGAUUCUGUCAGUGAUCAACACUACUUUUAUUUACUGUUUUAUAAUGUAAUAGUCAAGAAACUUGCCAGAAAAGAUUAUUCAUUAGCUUAGGUCAUUUUUUCCCCUCUAAAGUACCUUAAAGCAAAUGUGAUUUGCAUAUUUAUUAAAAUACUUUACUUAUUUGUAUACAUGUACAUUUUUAAGUAACUGUUGUAAAUUAAUUCAUGAAAAUGAGCCUUUCAUGGACACCUUUAAGAUGAUUCUUUCUAUAGAGUAAGUCAGUCAAAACAACUACUGCUGGUUCUUUUAAAAUAAGAUUAAUAUAGCAAUAAUUAGUGCUAGCAUUUCUUGGAUGCAGGGAGAGCAGCACAUAUUGCACAUUCUCAAGUCCAUAUUAAAUGACAGGGAAUUUUCUCUAGAGCCAAGAGAUCUGACACUAGUGUCUAUCUUCAGUACACAACUACAGCGUAUUAUGGUUGUCAGUUGCACAAUUCAUAUUUUUACAAAACACUAUUAUAUUACAAUUCAAGGCUUACAUCAGUAUCAUUAUGACUGAAUUGCAUUGUAGCUAGCAGAGGUCCAAUCACACAGUCUCUUCUCAAGAGAAUAGUUCCUACUCAUGUGAACAGCCCCACUGAAGACAAUAGGACUAGUCAUGCAAGUAAGGACUGAUAGAGUAAGGGUUGCAAGAUGAGGGUCCUUAGUUUUCACUUGACAUCAAUGGCUAUUUGUCAGGAUGGGCAGGAAUGGUGUCCUUAGCCUCUGUUUGCCAGAAGCUAGAAAUGGGC